GGUGUAGACCAACUUUCGAAUUCUGCUGGUCACUUGUUAGAACACAAGGAGAUAGGUGAAACUGAAGAUAAUAUUGUUGCUGAUGUGAUUGAGACGGAUGUUUCCCAAGAUGAAACUCCAGAAGCUGAAAGUCUUGAUGCCGGUGUCUUACUAUCUAAUUCGACUGACCCAGAGACUGAAACUUCAGCCGAUGGUGCAGGUGGGAUGGUUGGGGGUUCUUUAUUAGCAAAUAUGAUAAUUGUGCUUGUUUCUUCUUGUGCUAUUGUGUAUAGCGAAGAUGUAAUUCAAAUAGGAGGUCGAUUGGAGUUGCAAGGAGGCUUGGAGGAUGAGGCCGAGUUUAAUGCUUUAUUUUCACUUCUUGACUCGGACUACACUUCCAUAAAUGGUGCUUAUUUUAAUAACGACUUUUACUACUAUACGUCAAUUGCUUCAGAAGUCUUCCGAAUACAAAACGCUCUUAAUUUGGGUAACCUUCAUGUGAUGGCAGCCAUGGGAGAUGAAUCUCUAGAACUUCAGUUAGGACCCCAAGUUGUAAAUCAAGGUUAUCUCUGGUUCCAGAACUUAAACAAUGAAGGGUUCUUAUUCAUAAACAUUCCAGAAAAUUUCCUAAAUUUGAAAGAUGUUUACAUAGUUGGUAGUCCAGAGAACAUUAUAUUUGAAAGUUCUGGUACAAUUAACAAUGGGGUAGUUUGUGCCAAGGGUGCAACUAUUUACAACUCUGGACUCGAUACUGGUAAUGGUUGCUAUAUUCUUGAAGAUACUAAUUUCAUCAAUAAUGGUGUUAAUAUCCGACCUGUCCUUUGCCUUUCAGACGAUCCGGGGGAUAAAACUGAGUUGUAUCUCGAAGAAGACUCAGGCAUAGAAGUUGUUAAUUUUGGUUCCCAACAUUCUUUGAAAAUUAGGUUCUACAACGAGGAUCCAACUUUUAUCUUUAAUACAGAAGGGAACUAUUUAGCAGUCGAAAAUGGAAGAUAUUUAGAAGUAACCUUCGGACCAGGUUAUGAAACAGAUGGAUUUGAAGGUAAGAUAGAAGGGGAUUACUACGUUAUUAGAUACAAUGGGAUCAUUGAUGCUCAAGUACGUUCAACUUGUCGUUGUACUUGUCCUGGCUUGCCUCCGACUAUUGCGCCAGGGAUAGAAAUCACCCCAGAAACUACAUUGGACAGUUCAGAAUCAUAUGAAACUACUAGUGCCGACCUAGAAUACAACGAGACUACCCUCCCAGGGUUCGAGGAGUCGGCAUAUGGGGAUGACGAAACCACAAGUCCAGAACGUUCAGUUUCAGGUAAUUUUCAAGAUGAAACUUCCAUUGCUAAAGACUCACAACACGAAACAUCAGUCAGCAGAAAUUCCGUGGCUGAAACACUUGUCGCUGGAAAUUCUCUGGUUAAACCAUCAGUGGAACUAAACUCUGAAUCUUCUGUCACAGGGGACACUCUGGGGUCGGCUCCUAUGAGGCCAACCCCUUCUUUUGAGACUUUCGAAGGAUCUGCCGGAAUGCUACUGGAAAAGAUGUACUUUCAAAUUGCAUUGAUUGUCAGCUUUUUUGCAACUGCACAUAAUGUAUUAAUUGCACCUUAUGGUAAACAAUGUUUCUUUGAAAACUUAAACAAGAAUGAUGAAUUGGCAAUUAGUUUCCAAGUUGGAUCCCGUAACCCCCAUAAUGCAGAACAAUAUACUGUUGAUUUCUACAUUAAUUCACCACAGGGGAAAACUCUUCUUAAAAAAGUUGAUAUAGAUCAUGGUGAUGAAUCAAUUAGGGCUCUGGAUGCUGGGAAAUAUACUUAUUGUUUUUCAAAUGAAAAAACUGCCAGAGUUGAUUUGGAUGUUUCAUUCAAUAUUCAUGGGGUUGUAUAUGUUGAUGUAAGUGAUCCUAAGCUGGAUACUUUGGAUUAUGCUAUACAAAGAUUAAGUCAAUUGACAAAUGAUGUUAAGGCUGAACAAACUUAUUUAGUGAUUAGAGAAAGAACACAUAGAAACACUGCCGAAUCAACUAAUUCAAGAGUUAAAUGGUGGUCUGUGUUCCAAAUUAUUGUUGUUGCUGCUAAUUCUAUUUUCCAAAUCUAUUACUUGAAGAGAUUCUUUGAAGUUCAAUCUGUCGUCUGA